GUCGUCUCUUCUGGUCUCUCUCCUUCAUCUUACAAAAGAUUUUCUUCAAAACUCUUCUUCUUCUUCUUCUUCCUUGAUAGUUGAUACCAAAGCGUAAUCCUAACUCUUAAAUCUAGACUUGCUCCUUAAUUAAUCUGAAUUUUCUAACUUGCUCCGACUUGAUUAUCUCUUUCACUCGCAAUCUGAGUUCUGGCUAAAGAUUUUGACUUGGAGGAGGUGAAGAGAUUCAUUGCUCCGAGUAGAGUGAGAAAAAGAGAGACUUUUUUUAAGAUUGAAGAAGAAAGAUGCGAAUUUUGUGCGAUGCCUGCGAGAACGCAGCCGCUAUCGUCUUUUGCGCCGCCGAUGAAGCUGCCCUUUGUCGUCCCUGCGAUGAAAAAGUUCAUAUGUGCAACAAGCUAGCUAGUCGGCAUGUACGUGUUGGUUUAGCCGAACCAAGCAAUGCACCAUGCUGUGAUAUAUGCGAAAAUGCACCUGCCUUCUUUUACUGUGAGAUAGACGGUAGUUCCCUUUGUCUGCAAUGUGACAUGGUAGUACAUGUUGGUGGCAAGAGAACUCAUGGUCGGUUUCUUUUGCUGAGACAGAGAAUUGAGUUUCCAGGUGAUAAGCCUAAACCAAGCACUACUAGGGAUAAUUUGCAGAACCAAAGAGUCUCUACACAUGCAAAUGGUGAAGCUAAUGGUAAGAUGGAUGACGAAAUGAUCGACUUAAAUGCUAAUCCGCAAAGAGUACAUGAGCCAGCAUCAAAUAACAAUGGCAUUGAUGUAAAUAACACAAACAGUCACGAGCCUGCAGGCAUUGUACCAGUUGGACCCUUUAAACGAGAGUCUGAGAAGUGAUAAGGUGAAAGAGAGAAGUCCUUUACUCUGAUACCAAAAAAAAAUCAGUUUAAGAAGAAGAUUGUAAAAAGUUUCAAGAACUGGACAUCCUUGCUGGGUUUGCUGGUACCUCAGCUUUGUUGUUGAAGAGGGGAAGGUUUAUGUUGUUUGUGCAUUAUCUUUAGUUUGACGGAAUUAGCUUAAGGGCUCACAGUCAGGGAUGUAAGCUAAUAUCUGAUAUUCUGAAUAUAUAUAUUUUUCUUUCUAUAAAAUACAGAGUUGCAACUCUGUUUUUGGGACUCUUAACGAUAUUAUGUUUUGUUCUAGCCUUAGCCAAAGGCCAAAACCAAAAAGACUUCCCUGAUA